GUAUUUCAUCGAAGUUACGAAACUAUUGCAAGACGUGGGUCUAUCUGUUUGGGGACGGACUCGAUCGUGACGCUCCCCCGUAUGUCCAUACAAAUACAGGUUUUAGUGCUGUAUAAGCAGGGGUCCUGCUCUCGCCCAAGCGGCCGAGUAUAUCAUCUCAAAGUAUCAUGUACGCGAACGGUUUCGUGAACAACUUCGGCCUAGUUCCGGUUCGUCGUGUGGAACUGAAGCGUCGCGGGUCUGGUCGUCGCCUGGGUCAUAUUUUAGCGUCGAAGUUGACGCGACCCACUUCGACGGGCAGUCCGGCAUAUGCGUAUUUCCACACUGUAAAACCGCCAAGUUUUAAAGCUCUUCACGGCGUUCUCAGGACAAAAGGUGUACUUAUUCGACGUCGCCGCGUGAUAAAUGCAGCCGGGGAAACUGAAGCUCCAAUGAUCAACACCACCGGAGAGCGGAAAAGGACUUCUACCUUUAUCGUCGGUUUGCUCUGGUUCUUUGCCCAUCAACUUAUAGGAAUUGCUAACGAUGUGAUCAUGAAGCACACUGGUAGUACGCUAGCUGUUGUGCAAGUAGUCUUUUUAAGGUUUGCUUUUGCAACUGUAACUAUGCUACCCGUGAUGUUUGCUUCUGGUUCAGAUUCAUUCAAAACAGAGCGCUUGCACCUGCACAUUGCAAGAAGCAUUUUGCUCGCUGCUGCUAUCGCUCUGUACUGCAAAGGACUAUCAACAGCACCUAUAGCCGUCGUUACUACCCUUAAUUUCACCAUUCCCAUGUUCACUCUUCUAUUGGCUCGCCUUUUUCUUGACGAGAAGGUUGACAAGACGAGGUGGCUUGGUACUUUGACUGGUUUUGUGGGUGUAACUGUGGUAGUGCAACCGGGAGGCGCUUCCUUCAAUCCGAUGUGGCUCGUUGUUCUGCUCUCUGCCGCUCUGUUUGCCGCCCUUGAUGUUCUCAACAAGAUCUUUGUCGGCAAGGAGUCAUUCUGGGCUAUGAUAUUUUACACGGCUUUUUUCACAACACUUAUAUCUGCGUAUCCUGCAUACCUAUCAUGGGUGCCGCCGUCUACUGCGCAACUGGUUUUGAUGGCUUUCUUAGGAGGGGGUGCGAAUCUGCUUUUGUAUUGCCUUCUGAAAUCCUUCAGUUUGGUGGACGCCUCUGCCUUGGCUCCUUUCCGAUAUAUUGAACUAUUGUGGUCUGCUGUGAUCGGAGCCUUGCUUUUUGCAGAAGUACCUGCGACUUCUACAUUAGUAGGCGCCGCAGUCAUUAUUCCAUCGACGCUAUAUAUCGUCUGGGCCGAAAACAAAAAAUCCAAGGGAGAUUAACGGAUGCUGUGGAGGUUCCCCAAUAAGGCGUCGAUAUCAUAUCCAUAUUAUGUCUCAUGAAUGCUUGUCAUUCCAUGCCUAUUACCUUCAAAAGCAACACCAACAAUCAAACGGACACUUCCCUCCUUUUCUGUCGUCGGGAGGCACUUGACCGCAAGCAAUAUCGCUGAAACCUUCGUAAGAUUUGUACACUGGGAGCCCGUCUUCGAAACGCCUCGGUUUAUCCACGGGAACCAGUUCAUCGGCAUCCUUCCGACGUUUCCUUGUGUGACCCCUAGCGCCGAUAGUUUUCUUUUGCACCCGCUGUGGCCUGUCAGAAAACGCGGCGGCGUGUUGUAUUGGGCCCGCGUCUGCAGUUUUCUUUAUCUCUUUGCUUCUCUUGAACAGUGAUUCAAUAUCGAAGCUAUCCUUUUCGUUUCUCGAAUCAGCGGGAACCAAACCGACAUACGACCCGACAGCUUUAGCAUGAAUGACUGGUGCCUCCAAAUGGCGACGCCCGCCUUGACUAGCUAGUGCACAACUUGAUUUUCCUAACCCUGGCAUGUCCG